UAAUCUUGCGAAUAAAAUUUAAUCGACAAAACACCAAAACAACAAGAUUGGCGGGUGCAGGCUGUAAACAUUGAGAAAAUAUUAUUUCUUAUGGCUUAAUUUGUUUUCAAUCGAACCUAUUUUGUAUUUAUACAGUUUUCAGCUCUGUCUUUUGAAGAUUUGGUACAUUGUUUGUGUAAGCAAAGAUGCCGGGUCAACUCAAAUACAUUGAAGUUGAGAACUUCAAGUCGUACAAGGGAAAGCAGAAAAUCGGUCCGUUCAAGAAAUUCACAGCAAUUAUUGGACCUAAUGGAUCUGGGAAGUCAAACCUUAUGGAUGCCAUCAGCUUUGUGAUGGGAGAGAAAACGUCCAACUUGAGAUCGAAAAGAUUAUCAGAUCUGAUCCAUGGCGCUCCCAUUGGAAAACCUGCAGCAAACCGUGCCUCAGUCACAGCAGUCUACGGGGAAGAAGACAGUGACAGAGAAAUGUUCUUUCAACGACUUAUUCUGGGAAAUUCUUCAGAGCACAGGAUUGAUGGUCACACUGUUACAUCAAGCCAAUACACAGAGGCUCUUGAGAAGAUCGGUGUGCUCAUCAAGGCCAAGAACUUCCUUGUGUUCCAGGGCACAGUGGAGAGCAUUGCCAUGAAGAACGCCAAAGAAAGAACUGUCAUGUUUGAGGAUAUUUGCAAGUCUGGAGAAAUGAAAGAAGAAUAUGAACGUGCCAAGGCGGAAAUGUUAAAGGCAGAGGAAGACACACAGUUCAACUUGAACAAGAAAAAAGGCAUUGCUGCAGAGCGCAAGGAGGCCAAACUGGAGAAAGAGGAGGCGGAGAGAUACAAGCGUUUGACAGAACAGUUGGCUGAAAAACAACUUGAGCUUCAGCUGUUCAAACUGUUCCACAAUGAGCGAGAUAUUGAUGAAAUCUCAGAGGAGUUAACAAAAAAAGCCCGUAUCCUGGAGAAGGAGAACAAGAGGAGGGAUAAGAUUGAAGCAGAGAUCAAGGAGAAGAAGAAAGAACACAGCAGCAUUACCAGAGAGCUGACGAAACUGGAGCAGCAGAUCAAGGAGUCGGAAACUGCUCUCAAUAAGAAAAGGCCUCAGUACAUCAAGGCGAAAGAACAGACAUCCCACAUGACUAAAAAGCUAGAGGCCUCUAAGAAGUCUCUGAAACAGGCUGUCAAGAAACAUGAAAACCACAACCAGACGCUGUCGGAGAUCCAGGAUGAGCUGACGGAAGUGGAGCAAAAGCAGCAGGAGUUUGAGGCAGAGCUUGAGGAGGAGUCACAAUCUCAAGGAAGGUCACUGCAGCUGGAGGAGAGCCAGGUUCAGCAGUACAAUCGUCUGAAGGAGGAGGCUGGACGGCGGGCGGCUGAAUACAUGCAAGAACUGGAUGCUAUCAUCCGGGAGCAGAAGAUGGACCAGGACCGGCUGGACAGUGCCCAGCGUGACAUCGCGACGUACGAGGCCAAGCUGAAGCAGAAGCAACAUGAGCUGGAGGAGAACAAGAACCGAGUGUCCAAGCUUGAGGACUACAUCACUACAAGUCGCUCAGCUCUUGAGGACCAAAAGAAGGUGGAGCAGGAGUUGGCCAAAGAAGUGAACGAAUCGACGUACCGCAUUGAUGAGAUCAACAGAGAGCUCGAAAUGAUCACCACACAGCUGGGAGAGGCCAAGGUUGACAGACAGGAGUCGUCCCGGGCUUCAAGGAAAGCGGAGCUCAUUGACAAUCUGAAGAGGCUGUAUCCUGGUGUGCACGGACGUCUGCUGGACCUGUGUGAGCCGAGCCACAAGAAGUACCAGAUUGCCAUUACCAAGGUGCUUGGAAAGCACAUGGACUCGAUCGUCUGCGACUCUGAGAAGACAGCCAAGGACUGUAUUCAGUACAUGAAGGAGCAGCGUAUCGAGCCUGAGACAUUCCUGCCCUUAGACUACCUGGAGGUCGGCUCCAUCAAUGAGAAACUGAGAGACAUCCGCGACCCGAAGAACGUGAAGCUUGUCAUCGAUGUCAUCCACUACGACCCUCCUGUCAUUAAGAAAGCCCUUCUGUUUGCCUGUGGCAAUGCCCUUGUCUGUGAGACCGUGGAGGAUGCCCGUAGAGUGGCCUUCGGCGGUGUGGAGAGACAGAGGUCCGUUGCACUGGAUGGAACAAUCUUCAACAAAUCUGGAAUUAUAUCUGGUGGUGCAAGUGACCUGAAGGCGAAAGCCCGUCGUUGGGACGAGAAGAGUUUGAGUCAGCUGAAGACCAAGAAGGAAAAGUUGAUGGAAGAGCUGAAGGAACAACAGAAGCGCAAACGCAAGGAGUCGGAGCUCAACACCAUCCGCUCGCAGAUCAAGGGCCUGGAAACAAGGCUCAAGUACAGUGUUACUGAUCUGGAAAACACUAGGAACAGAACAAUCCGGCACAAUGAGAACCAGAUAGCUGAGUGUCAAAUGAAGAUUGAAAAGGCUAUGCCGGACCAGCAAAAGUUUGAGCGUAGCAUUGAUGCUCGUGAGGUGGACAUUAAGCAGCUGAGGGAUGAAAUGAACCGCGUGGAAGAUGCUGUGUUCAAGGAUUUCUGCGCUGUCAUUGGUGUACCUAAUAUCAGACAUUACGAGGAGCGGGAGCUGAGGGCCCAACAAGAGCGAGCUCGGAGGCGCAUGGAGUUUGAGAACUUGAGGCACAAGUUGGAGAAUCAGCUGGAGUGUGAGCGCUCGCAGGACACAGAGGAACUGGUGAAAAAAUGGCAAGAGCAGGUGAAGCAUAAUGAAAAGGAGGUGGAACGAGUAAAGGAAGAAGAGGCCCGCCAAAUGCAGAUCAUCGAGGAAGAGAUGCAGAGACAAGAGAAGCUGAAGCAGAACAAACUGACGUGCAAGUCUCAGGUGGACGACGCCGAGGGGGCCAUCACAGAAGUGCGCAAACGUCUGAGCGCCCAGCAGAAGGAGAUUGCGGCGGUGCAGAAGGGCAUCAACGCCCUGGAGGUGAAGCUGGAGCAGAAGAGAGCUGACCGACACAGCCUGCUCAAGUCGUGCAAGAUGGAUGACAUACGAAUUCCCAUGCGACGCGGCACCAUGGAUGACAUCUCACAGGAAGGAGAGGGUGGGGACGGCAGCCAAGAGACGCCCAUGGAUUCUCUCAGCAGUCAAGGAGCGAAGGCCAUCUACGAGAGAGAGGCCAACCUUGACAUUGAUUACUCUGUCCUCAGUGAAGACCAUAAAGAGCUUGAGUCCGCUGAGGAAGUCAAGUCCGCCCAAGAAACCAUGUCCAAGUCAAUAUCCGACCUUCAGACGACCAUACAAAAAAUAAAUGCUCCAAAUAUGAGGGCAAUGGAAAAACUAGAUGGAGUGAAAGAAAGGUUUCAAGAAACGUCAGAAGAAUUUGAAAAUGCGAGGCGGAGGGCGAAGUCAGCAAAGACCACAUUUGAGAGGAUCAGGAAGAAACGCUAUGACACGUUCAUGCAUUGCUUCGACCACGUCUCCACAAAGAUUGAUGAAGUUUAUAAGUCGCUGGCCAGAAACCAGAGUGCCCAGGCUUUCCUUGGCCCGGAGAACCCCGAGGAACCGUACCUAGACGGGAUCAACUACAACUGUGUGGCCCCUGGCAAGCGGUUCCGACCCAUGGACAACUUGUCCGGUGGUGAGAAGACCGUGGCUGCCCUGGCGCUUCUUUUUUCCAUCAACAGUUACCACCCAUCCCCUUUCUUCGUGCUAGAUGAGAUCGAUGCAGCGUUAGAUAACACAAACAUUGGAAAGGUUGCAGCAUACAUCCGGGAACAGUCUGAGAAGAACUUUCAGUGCAUCGUCAUCUCUUUGAAAGAAGAGUUCUACAACCGAGCAGAUGCCUUGAUCGGAAUCUAUCCCGAGCAAGGUGAUUGUGUGAUCAGCAACAGCCUCACCCUCGACCUGACGGAAUACCCCGACCCCCACGCCCAUGAACACGACGAGCACUACUUCCCUCACUGAAUGAUGACUAUGUAGUGGAAGAAACGCUGUCUGUAUUGGAUUUUGUACAUUAUUUUUCUUCAUCCCCCUCACUUUCUUUUCCUCACUAGUUCACUGUCUGGGAUAAUUUUACGCAAGAUUGGCAGUACACACUCGCACAGUGGUUUAGAUAAUUGGAAAGGGUCAAAUGAUGUUUUAUGAAGUCCAAAAUUUUGAUUGUUGAUUGAAAAGGGCCAGUGAUGUUUUAUGAAGUCGUUGUUUCUUCUUAAGGUGUACGAUUGUUUUAAAAAGUGACAGUCUAGAGAAUAAUUGUAUGCAUUCAUGUGUUCUUUGCCAGGAAAUAGUCAGGUUUUAAUCAACAUUUUGUAGUAGUAGCAUCUAGAAAAUGUCAAGUUUUCACUUCUUAAGUGACCCUUGGUCUUGUUCCAAGUGGCCUUUCCCCCACCCUCCUCCCAUGCUGCAGUACCACAAAAAGGUGGUAUCUACACUGUGGGAAAAGGUUGGAAGCCUUUCUGCCUGUCAAAUGAAAAGCAACUGCUCAGUUUAAGACUCGGUCAUUUAAUUUUUUUUUUUUUUCAAAAUGGCGUAUGGUGGAAUGGCAGUCGAAAUACUGGCAGUACCUAUCAACUUUCUAUUCAUCUGUAUUAUUUUCAGUGUUAAACUUGACAAAUGAUGGUCGUUUACUUUUGUGCCCUUCCAGUGUUAGUGUUCCACAUAAUCUCUCGUUUGUGUGUGUGUGUGUGUGUGUGUGUGGGGGAAGGCUCCUCUCAUUGUAGAUGUUACUCCCCAUAGUUGUUGUGCAUUCACAGUUCAGAUAUUAUUUAGGUCUCUCAUCAGGUUUUUCUCUCCAACUCCUGAAUUCGACUGCCUCUUAAAUAACCUAAUAGUGUUGAUGACAGGGGCGUUAAAUCGAAACCCAUUUCACCAUUUUUCACCGGGAUUUGUUGAUUUGGAGAGAUUUUUCUGUCUUUGGUGUUUCAUGAUUUUACUUUGUUCGUAUGAUAGUUCAUACUGAUUUGUUCCGAGAGAUUUUCAAUUAUCAGUUAAUCAUACUGUUGCAUUUUUUGUUCAUUGGCUCAUAUUUGUUCAUUUCAAAAUUGUCAUCUCCAUAGUUCUAAUUGUUCAUGUACCAAUGUACCAAAUUAAAACUUAAUUUACUUUAUCGUA